AUGCGCCCAAACAGUGCACAUCUGGGGCGUCUCUUCUGCCCGUCUGGUAUUGGGAGUAACCACCGCUUUCCUCCGUACCUGCAGCAGGCAGCGUAUCUCCUGCCUGUUGUAGCUGGUAGCUCGUGUCGUGUAGAGGAUGCGAGGCGUUUGUUUGUUCGCUGCAGCAGUUGCGACCAGCAGCGCCUUGAUGGAAUGGGCAAAAGGCACGGCGACGCCAGCACCGAUGCUGGGACUGUGUUUGACGAAAGUGUAGUCUCUCUGCAGCGUCUUGGUUUGGUGUCGCUUACACACGACGAACCCUCCGCGGGGGGAGAUGCAAAGUUGCGAAGACUCCGCCGUGAUCCUGUGAUUAAUGUCAUGCUGCAAUCCAUCAAUGUGACCUCUUCACAGAGCAGUGAUAAAGAGAAAGAUACGCUCUUUCAGUUGUUACAUGGCGUCAUUGUUCCCCUAAUUAUCUCUGGUCUUGCCGCAUCUUCAGCGCCUUCCCCAUCGAGGCGCGGUCCGCGUCUGGUGGAGGAAGUUUCGGUGGAGUCAUGCUUUUCUUUGCUGCAGCAACCAAGAGGAAAAUUCACCAGCAUUAAUGACACCACGUGUCGUUUUAUGACGGAUUUAGUGGGCGAGGCUCUGCUGUUUGGGGUUUGUGAGCAGGUACUGUUCCCCUGCGGAGGUGGUCUCUUCCGCUUGCAUCGCGAGAGGAUGCAGCAGCUGUCGCCGUGUUUGUUGACGUUGCAGUGGUGGUGGUGGCAGAGAGUAGAUGCAUCUCUACGCCACGCCCUGAAACCACGUGCAGCAGGCGAAAAUGUACCGCUUGAGGCCCAUAUCGACGCAGCGCAGGAGCGGGUGCAGUAUUGGAUUAAAAAACGGGAUGCAUUUCUCCCACAGUUUCUUCUUCGUGUUCCCAUGGACGACACAAUGGCGUUGGUGGCAGAUGCCGUGCGCUGUUGGCUGCCCUAUUCUUCUUUACAAGGGCAACAAGCGCUCUCUCUGCCCAUGUGGCGACUGCACUUGUCGGAUGAAGCAAAAACCAGAAUGGCGUUAGAGACGUUGCAGUCUAUUCAGUCGCUACUUGUUCGGCGACCUGCAGGUAUUUCUUUAAGUGAGUUAUCGGAGCUUAUCUCCUGGUCGACAGUAUCAAGCCUCCUUCAAAAGAAAAGCCUCUUGAAGAUGUUGAUGUCUUUCCCUUCUCAUUUUGUUGUGCACAGUGUGCACGGAACGGCGAUGGUGCAGCUCCAACUCCGUUCAAGUGCAAAGAGUGCUAUUAAUGCCGCGGAUGUGACUGUGUGGGUAUUGGGCAGCCGAAAUGAUUCUGUCACCACCACAGCCACGUUUCUUCAGGAGGUCGAUCUUGUCAUACGAGCCGUGGAGUUUUUGCGGAAGCGGUAUCUGCUUGCGAGACGAGUUACAUACGAAGAUUUACGUGAAGUUCUUGUACCUGCAAAGGACUCUGAUGAUGGUGAAGCUUUUUUGGAUGUCUUGCGCCGAUAUGAUGUUGUGGCUGACUUUGACGCUGCUGAGGUUGUUUCAUGGACUUCCGUGCAUCAGCGAAGUGUUUGUUUGUCACCACGAGAGUCUGCUGCGCUGAAAGCGAUUGAAACCGCUCGCAAGGCGAAAGGCAAACACUGUCAGCUUUGUGCAGAGGCGAUUAAACUGUUUCUUUUCCGAUGCAAUGAAGAGGUGACUGCAGCAGAAAUUCCUGACGCAUUCAUGCCCAUUGCUUACUUGCAACGCUGGUUACAAUCCGAGCGGCUUCCUUUAACUCAGGCGGAUCUCUUCAAGGUGUUGCGUGAAUGCGCACUACCAUUUGCGGUGGAUGAGAGGGCACAAUGCAUUCGUUUCAGAGGUGGAGAAAUGACAGGGUUGACUCCAGCUGAUGUGCCACUGCCUCCAGAAGCUCCAAAGGCACCAACAUUGUCUUUACCACCACCACCACUGUCACCGUCCAUGGCUUCUGUCCAGAAGUUAACAUUUGAUUCACAGUUGGCGCGUGUAUUAAAAGGACAACAGCCGGAUGCUUUGCUACGCUUUGCGGAGGCCACAAUUCAUGCGGUGUUUGUGGUUCUUUUACCUCUUGUUUCUGUUCCAUCUGGAAUGCGGCUUCAGACACUGCUUCGUCGGGUCCGCUGGGGAUCUGUGGCCGCAACACUUGGUGUCCUCCCGUCUUUUCUAGAGGCAUUUGAAGGACUUUUUUUCGAUGUGCUUGUUGAUCGCAGUGCGCACGUGGAGGAUACUGUGGUGGCGGCGUUUCGUGGGCACGUAGGGCCCUGGCUUCUGUACGCUCGUCUGAUAUCGCGCCUAUUUCCAUCGGAUGUGGACAUUCCGCUGCAAAUUGUUGCAGAGGGACUAUCGUGGGGUGUGUGGUUUGCCCCCAGGUUUGGUGAUCUUCCCACGCUGCUGCGGCGUGUGGGGCGCUCCUGUCGAGAUGGAUACCUUUUUGCGAAGAAGCAGAUAGUCACUGGACCUCUUGUGAAGGAUGAUGCGGUGCUGUGGGAACUUUUGGUAAGCGUGAGAAAACAGGAGGACGAUCAGCAGCAGCAGCAGCAGCAUGAUGGUAAUGGCAUACCUGAGGCUCAGCAGUACGUGUUCCUUAAUCCAACAGAUUUCUGUCGAUACAUGCGUGGCACGAAUGAGACGGAUAACAAUAGCUGCGGCAGCUGGAUGCAACUUGCUGAAGCGGCUGUUCGUCGUUUUCCAUUGUUUUUUCAGUGGUAUAGUGCCUCAAUUGAUUCGACGCCGCUUCUGCGUAUUGCACUGAAAUGUGCCUUUGCACCAACUGGACUUGUGGCCUUGGUGGAAGAAUAUGUUUGCCCGCUGCUGCGACAGCGCCCCGAUCGUGGUAUCAGCAUCGCGGAGCUGGAUGAUCGUCUUGGUUGGUCUCGCGGUAACUUUGAUACACACCCUACUGGCGUAUCUGCUCUUGGUGUUGCCGUCAGUAGUGCCUCACUGUACGGUGUUCUUCAACGGUACGUGGAGGUAGAACAUUCACCGCGGCUUCUGCUGCUGCGGGACGCUACAAAGAUGACCGCACAUGACGCUGUGAUGGUGCGACCCGACACUGCUAUCUAUCGAAGCCCAGAGGAUAUGCUGCUGGAGAUUAAUGGCCUAGAAUACAUGGCAAGUGGGAGCGGCACGCUGCGCCCAUCCAACAGACCCAUCUCUCUUUUCGAAUUGUUGGCGGAGGAGCAGGAGCUGCAGGGAGGCGAAAUACCCUCAACUCCAUCUCGACCAGAAGAGUGGUGUGUCUCGCUGUUGUGCGAUGGAAACACGGCCACUGAGUGGGAAAGGGAGUUGGCAAAUGGCAGUGGUGACGUUUUGGUCUGGUGUGACCGUUGA